AUGUCGACCAACCCACCCUUCUCGCCUACAUCCUCUCUCCGAGACCUGCACGACAAGUCCGAGGGCAUCUCACAGUCUCACAAUCAGUAUGGUGGACCUGAGGAGGCCCCAACAGCCUCAGAGCUGCAUCCGGGGGAAGUACACGCCUUACCUCCACACGACAACCCCAUAAACUCAGCCCCCUCAGUCACCUCCAGCUCGCAACCCGCACGAAAUUCAUUCCAACCAUUCUUCACCCUAGUCGAAGACGCCCAUACAACAGACUACCACCACCCAACAGUGCACUACAUCUUCUCAGACGACGACACAGAUAUCGUAACGGAAGCCGCACUCCGCAGUCUAGAAGCGCCCUCCGUGCACAAAGACGGCCCCAAAUCAGAUGGAUCCGAAGAAUCAACUCUCCUUCCCCCGCCUGUUCCAGGCGUCCGCGAGAACUACAUCGUUUUAAACGUCGAGCCAGUGCCUAGCACAACCCCAACCCCGGACCUGAACCCCGCAGCAGGAAAUCCAAAUUCCAAUCCAAAUCCAAAUCCAAAUCCAAAUUCUAAUCCUAAUUCAGUCCCUGACCCAAAUUCGGGGGUUGGUGAGAAGACAAAAUCUACAUCACCAGGCAAAUCAUCAGGAUCAAACCCGCAGUUCCGUGUAACCAGUGCCAAGAGUUUCUCACCUAGUUGGCAAAUACUCAGUAGCGAGAUGGUAGCUGCGCCAACUUUCGAGAAUGGGAAUGGGAAUCCCGGGGAUGCGGGGCAUGGGUUGAUGUUGAAGAUCCGUGGGACGGGAGGGUUAGCGGGGGAGAUUGAACGGGAGAGAGGGACGCAGAGGUUGGAGGAUAUGAUGGAUCAGUUUGCGAAGAGGAUGCAGGAGUUGCAGAUGAUUAUUGAAGUGGCGAAUAUCCAAGAUGAUCUGCGGAUGAAGGAGGAAGAGGAGGAAGGGGAUGAGGAGAAUGAAGGACAUGAAGAGGAAGAAGAGGAAGACGAGGAAGAGAAAGAGAAAGACACUUGA